AUGACCAUCCGCGCUGUCAAGUUCACGCCCGAGUCCCUCCUCGGAGCUCCACGACGGUCCUCCGCCAUCCCCAACGCGAGUGGUACCCUCGCCAUCUACACCCAAACGUCCUAUUCCUUCGAGUCUCAUUCCAAGACGAACGAGAUCCGUGUCUUGGAUAUAUCGACUGGCCGGUCUACCCUCAUUACCAAUGAUCCUGGAGCGAGCGAUCCUACUUGGCUCGAUAACAGCGACCGGUUGAUCUGGUUGAAGGCAAAGUCCAAUGGCAACACCAGCUUCAUCGUCGGGGACGCGCAUGAAGCAGGCAAAACCUACACGGCGGGCACAGUCCCGGGACCCGUCUCUGACCUCAAAGUAACUACAAUUGAGCCGGGCAGGAUUGGAUUCGCAGUCACGGGCAAGGCCAAUCCGGAUGGAACGUUAUUUAAUCCGCAUGAUGCCAAGGAGCCGUUGAGUUCGGGGAAAUUGUACACGUCGCUUUUCGUGAGGCAUUGGGAUUCGUAUGUUGUGCCACAGAAGAAUGCGAUUUGGUACGGUGUGCUUCAGCAGACUCCUCUUUCUGCUGCGUCGCGACAAGCGGGGAAGUACUCGAUUUCUGGGUUGACAAAUCUCAUCGCGGUUUGUGGGUUGACUGGAGUUGAGUCGCCUAUUCCUCCAUUUGGAGGAGCUGGAGAUUUUGCUAUAAGUCCUGCUGCUAUCGCAUUCGUGGCUAAGGACCCUGAACUGAAUCCCGCUACUCACACCUCCUGCAUUUGCUAUUAUUGCCCUAUUUUUGACUGGACAGCCACCGCGACGAGCGUGGAGGCUGUCCAGGUGAAAAAGAUGACGAAUCUUGAGGGUGCUAUGUCUUCUCCGGUUUUGUCUUCUGAUGGCAGCUCGGUUGCGGUGUUGGCCAUGAGACAGGACGGGUACGAGUCGGACAAGAACAGAAUUCUGUACAUCCCUAAUCCGUGGAGUGGGGAGACGAUAGAGGUUUUCGCAUCCCCUGAUGGGCAAGGGCAAUGGGAUCUCAGUCCGGCGGCUUUGUUAUUUGCUAGUGAUGACCGGUCGCUGCUGAUCCAAGUCGAGGAAAAGGGCCGCGUAGUUCUCUACCAGCUUCCUCUGGACAACAUCCGGAAUGCCACUCCUGAUGUGCUGAAGAAGUUGACUCAUUCGGGGUCCGUGAGUGACGUGGUUCCUGCGGCGAAGAACUCUUCGAAAUUGUUCGUUUCGAGCACCAGCUUGAUCGACAACAGCUUGUGGUCUAUUGUCGACCCUUCUGAUCCGACCGAUGUACAUAUUGUCUCGUCCAAUAGUCGUGGUGGGACUUCAUUUGGUCUCUCGCCUUCGCAGGUGGAUGAGAUCUGGUUCAGGGGUGCAGAAGACUAUCCAGUUCACGCGUGGGUGGUGAAACCAUCCAACUUUGAUCCCAGCAACAAGUAUCCAUUGGCAUACUUGAUUCAUGGAGGCCCACAGGGAGCAUGGAAUGACCAGUGGAGCACGCGUUGGAACCCGGCAGUAUUCGCAGAGCAGGGCUACGUGGUCAUUACGCCUAAUCCCACUGGCAGCACGGGUUAUGGACAGCCUUUUACAGAUGCUAUCCGCAACUCCUGGGGCGGCCGCCCCUACAUCGACCUCGAAAAAGGCUUCGAGUAUAUUGAGAAGAAUCUGGAAUACGUUGACACGACUCGGGCUGUGGCCCUUGGAGCCUCAUACGGCGGUUAUAUGGUAAAUUGGAUUCAAGGCCAUCCUCUCGGCCGCAAAUUCAAAGCUCUAGUGACGCAUGAUGGCGUGUUCAGCAUGACCUCCCAGCUUGCGAGCGAAGAACAGUACUUCCCUCUCCACGACCUUGCGGGACCAAUCUGGAAGGUCCCCGAGAACUGGGCGAGAUGGGACCCUUCCCGGUUUACAGAAAACUGGAGCACACCCCAGUUGGUUAUUCACAGCGAGCUAGACUAUCGGUUGACGAUCGCUGAAGGGUUGGCUGCGUUCAACGUUCUGCAGAUCAAGGGGAUCGACAGUGCAUUCCUUACGUUCCCGGAUGAGAAUCAUUGGGUCUUGAAGCCAGAGAACUCACUCGUGUGGCAUCGGACUGUGUUCGACUUUAUCAACAAAUACUCUGGGGUGUCUUCGGCCAAUGAUGCUGGCUUGGAGAGGAGUGUGGCCAGUCUGUCACUGCCAUAG